CUUCUUCCUUUCCUUUCUUUCUCCUUCCCCCUUCCAAUUUCCUUUGGGCACCAACCACCAUCCGCAUCAUUAUCCUUAUCAUAUCAUCUCUUCUUUCCCACCAUGACCCGCUCUUUACGCAUACUCUUCAUAAUUGUACCAUUGAUCCUUGUUGUGUUAUCGACUACUGACCGAGUCUCGGCUCAAUUCGAUAUCUCCAUUCCCUGCAACGACUGCUUGGAGAAACAAAUUGUGACUCUUCCUUCUUGCGCAGGUGUCAACCUGUCAAACCUUUCAGACUAUUCGAAUCCUCAAUAUAGGACCUGUCUCUGCGAGUCAACCUUUGAUUACAGUUGGCUACAGCCAUGCUCCACCAGUUGUCAGCCCAAGGAGCUUACGGAUUUUCAGACGAAUUUCCCCGAGUUAAUUAAGACCACAUUCAACCUGACCUGCGUCAAACCCACACCCUCGUCUUCAUCCUCUCCUUCACCUUCACCCACAUCGAGCCUUGCACCCAACAGUGCUGUAGGACAUCAACUACGAUGGGGUUGGGGUAAUCUAGAUUCGAAGAUGAUCUUGGGAUGGAUUAUAGUAUUGAUUUCAUCCACUGCAUUAACUAUGGUGUCUAGUCUUUAGAUCUACUACACUCUUUCACUAUCUUAUUUCACAUAGAAACUCAUACACAUCUAUAUCUCUCUGUUUCCCCACUGUCAAUUCGAUCUAUUCAUUAAUAAAUACACAAGAAUCCUCCCAAGAAUGAGGGCUACAAUCAUGAUGUCGGUUGGGUGGGAUGAAAUAUUUGGCAAAAAAGUAAAUAAAUAAAGACACAGGAACAAGUGCAGGAUGGCUCAAAAGUCCUAGACUGGUGCUUGUUAUGCCUAUUCAAAGCUUUCACGUACGACUGUGCAAUUGUAGUCUAGACUGCUUAUCUAU